UUUGCUGUUUCUGCUGUGCAUGUCAUGCUGGAGCAUGUGGUGUGUUUUAGAAAAUCAGUAUCAUUUCAAACACACAGCAAAAUGUGUCAGGCUGGUUAUAAGCUGUGAUUGCUCUAACCAGGCAGCUCCAUCAUCUUUGUGAUCUUGGUGAAGUCAGUGAUACUUCACUGGAAGAUCUUUGUUCUGCAGGACGUCCUUUCACAUUCAGCAUUGAACUGAUGAAGUUCAAUGGACUGAUGGACUGAUGAAGUGUGGAGGAACAGUUGGAGCCAUCUUUACCUGUCCCUUAGAGGUGAUAAAGACGAGGCUUCAAUCUUCAAAACUGGCCUUCAGGACUGUCUACUACCCCCAGGUGCAGCUGGGGACCAUCAGUGGGGAAGGAAUGGUCAGGCCAACGUCUGUAUCCCCUGGGCUCUUCAGUGUUCUCAAGUCAAUCCUGGAAAAAGAAGGACCAAGGUCACUCUUCCGAGGGCUGGGUCCAAACUUGGUUGGAGUUGCACCAUCAAGAGCUGUCUAUUUUGCUUGCUACUCCAAAGCCAAAGAGCAGUUUAACAGUAUGUUUGUGCCCAACAGCAACAUUGUGCACGUCUGUUCUGCAGGUUCUGCAGCCUUUAUCACAAAUUCCCUGAUGAACCCUAUAUGGAUGGUGAAAACUCGAAUGCAGCUGGAAAGGAGAGUGAGGGGCUCCAAACCAAUGAAUGCUUUGCAGUGUGCUAGAUACGUUUACCAGACAGAAGGUAUCCGUGGUUUCUAUAGGGGCCUGACUGCCUCCUAUGCAGGCAUUUCUGAGACCAUUAUCUGCUUUGCUAUUUAUGAAAGUUUAAAAAAGCACUUAAAGGAAGUCCAACUGCCCCCUUCUUCUAAUGGGACUGAAAGGACCUCAACAAGCUUCUUUGGACUGAUGGUUGCUGCUGCUGUUUCCAAGGGCUGUGCCUCCUGUAUUGCUUAUCCUCAUGAGGUCAUCCGGACACGGCUGCGAGAGGAAGGCACCAAGUACAAGACUUUCAUCCAGACAGCUCGGCUGGUGGCACGGGAAGAGGGCUACCUGGCCUUCUACAGAGGACUCUUUGCCCAGCUCAUCAGGCAGAUACCAAACACAGCCAUUGUCUUGUCCACCUACGAGUUAAUUGUGUAUCUCUUGGAAGACCACACAAAGUAGCGGAGCCAGGAUUCCUGUUACAGACUGAAGACCAAUUCCUUCAUUGAACAAAUAGUCCUUUAAGAGACUGGUGCAGGUGGCAGUGCUGGUGGAAACACUACAAGUCUGUGACCACCUGUGGAUGUUUCCUUUUGGACUCAUGCUUUCUAAAAGGUCUCAAGUCACUAAUGUUAAUAGUUAAUUAUGAUUUUUUUUUUAACUUGAUGUUAAUUAAACUGCUACUAAAUUAAAUUACACUAUUUAAUUUAAUUAUAUGUUUGUCCUUUUCCUUAAGCACAGCCAUAUGUGGUCAAGGAAUGUACCUCAUACUAUCAAGUGAUCUCUUGGACUGAUGUUCAUUAAAACUGUAUUUAAACAGGAGAA